AACCUCAGGGCACCCACCAGGGCAAGGUCCCUACUCAGAGGGGCAGAGAGGAAGGCCAGGAGAGGCAGUGUUUGAGGAAAAGGCCAUGUUCAGUCUGAAGACGCUUCCACUCCUGCUCCUACUCCCCAUACAGCUUUCCAAGGCCUUUCCAGUACCUCCCGAAUCCCCAGAAGAGAAGAAGGCAAAAAUUGUUCAGAAUUACCUUGAAAAUUUCUACCAAUUACCAAGGAAAGGAUAUCAGGCUGCAAGGAAGAACAGCACUAGCAUGGUUGUUGAAAAGCUUAAAGAAAUGCAACGAUUCUUUGGGUUGAAUGUGACAGGGAAGCCAAAUGAGGAAACUCUGGAAAUGAUGCAGAAACCUCGCUGUGGAGUGCCUGACACUGGAGAGUUUAUGAUAACCCCAGGGAACCCCAAGUGGGAACGAAAUAACCUGACCUACAGGAUUAUUAACUAUACCCCACACUUGCUGCUAAGGGCUGAUGUUGAAAGAGCUUUUGAGCGUGCCUUUAAAGAGUGGAGUGGAGCAUCACCCCUGAAGUUCAAGAAGAUCUCACAGGGAGAAGCAGACAUCAUGAUUGCUUUUUACCAAGGAGAUCAUGGUGACAAUUCUCCAUUUGAUGGACCCAAUGGAAUCCUUGCUCAUGCCUUUCAGCCAGGCCCAGGUAUUGGAGGAGAUGCUCAUUUUGAUGCAGCAGAAACAUGGACCGACAACAGAACAAAUUACAACUUGUUUAUUGUUGCUGCCCAUGAAUUUGGCCAUUCCUUGGGGCUCGCUCACUCCACAAACCCUGCUGCCUUGAUGUAUCCCACCUACGCUUACAGGGAACCCAGCACCUACUUGCUCUCUCAGGAUGACAUCAAUGGCAUUCAGGCCAUCUAUGGACCUUCAAAUGACCCUAUCCAACCAACUGGAUCAACCGCGCCCACCGCCUGUGACCCCAGACUGACAUUUGAUGCUAUCGUCACACUCCGCGGAGAAAUACUUUUCUUUAAAAACGAGUACUUUUGGAGAAGGCAUCCCCAACUGCCAACAGUCGAACUCAAUUUCAUUUCUCUGUUCUGGCCAUCCUUGCCAAAUGGUAUACAGGCGGCUUAUGAGGAUUUUGACAGGGACCUAAUUUUCCUAUUUAAAGGCAACCAAUACUGGGCUCUGAAUGGCUAUGACAUUCAGCAAGGUUAUCCCAAGGACAUAUCAAACUACGGCUUCCCAAGCAGUGUCCAAGCAAUUGAUGCAGCUGUUUCCUAUAGGAGUAAAACAUACUUCUUUGUAAAUGAUCAAUUCUGGAGAUAUGAUAACCAAAGACGAUUCAUGGAAGCAGGUUAUCCCCAAAGCAUAGCAACUACCUUUCCAGGAAUAGGAAGCAGAAUUGAUGCAGUUUUCCAGCAAGAUCACUUCUUUCUUUUCUUCAGCGGACCAGUUUAUUAUGCAUUUGAUCUUAAUACUGAGAGAGUUACUAGGGUUGCAAGAAUCAAUAAAUGGCUUAACUGUAGACGAAGUUGAAGCAAAAUCAAAUUUUUUGUAUCCAUUUUCUGAAUAUUGCAGGGAAAUCUAAUUUGCGUAUCCAUUAAAUUGUGACCUAUUUAUUCUUUUCUCAACAAUAAAUGAUGUUGUUUGCUAUCACUGUAUUCAUUGGACAUAUCCUCAGUGAAAAUACAUUUGAAAAUUCCACUGUUUGCAGAGGCUGAUUUAGUGCUUAUGUGUUUCAUCUCAGGUCAGUGAAUUCAUCACAAGAAGGAGAUUAAGCCCUCUUUGUCACCUCUCUAUUCAUUAUUUCAUUAUUUGAUUAUCUGACUUCUAAAAUGCUCCUAUAUUCCAAAGUCUCUUUAAACACGUUUUAAGGCUAUCUGCUACAUGCAAUUUAGCACUGGAUUUAGGUUAUAAGUAAGGAUUAUAAACAAGAUAGAUAGUACUCCUUGCGUUUAUUGAAAAUCUGGUGCUAUUUUCCACUCUUGGAAAGAAAUAUUGCUGAUAUGUAUUGUGAGUUGAAUUGUGUUCCCCAAAAAAGCUAUGUGCAAGUCCCAACCUCGGGUACCUAUGAAUGUACCUUAUUUGGGACUAAGUCUUUGCAGAUGUAAAUAGUUAAGAUGAAGUUAUACUGGAUUAGGGUGGGCAUAAGAACUGAUGUCCUUAUAAGAAGAGGAGAGACACAGACACACAGUGGAGAAGGCCAUGUGAAGACAGAGACAGAAAUGGGAACGAUGCAUCUACAUGCCAAGGAUUGCCAGCAACCACCAGAAGCUAGAAGGAGGCAAAGAAGGAUCCUCCCUAGAGCCUUCAGAGAGAAGAACAUGGCUCUUCUGACGCCUUGACUUUGCACUCACAGCUUCCAGAACUAUGAUAGAAUAAAUUUCUGUUGUUUUAAGCUAGCAAGUUUGGUACUUUGUUGCAGCAGCCCUAGGAAGAUAAUACAGUACAUCUGCACUUAAGAAAAUGAAUCAACACAGAAUGGCAAAGUUGAACCCCCAUAAGGAUUAUUAGCCUCUUCCCAGGGGAGCAGCAAAUAGGAGAGGUACCGCUUCCUCUCCUGCCUCCUCCCUGCUCUCUUCCUCUAGAGCCUAAGCAAAUGGGCUAGUUGGAUCUGUUGUUCCUUAUUUCUUUUUUUUCCCUGGUGUACUCAGUAGGACACAAUUUACAGACAACUAGAGUCUGCACAAACAGAACAGCGCUGGGCACAAAAUUCAAUAAAUCUCAUUAAAUUGACUUAAACUGAGCUUAGAUGCAUACGUUUACUAAAGAUUCUUUUCUGUUAAGAACUUUAAGACCUGUGGGAUGAUAGAGACUAGUCUAGACACCAAAAUCAUUAUAAUAUUUGUAGUUGUUAGAACGUCAUGUAGCUUAUUAUAUAAUAAAUGUGAAUUGUAAAAUACAUGUAUCACUAGCACAUCCUAUUUUCCUUUUCUAUUAAAGUUUUUAAAUCCACAGAUAAUUUAGU